AUGGCGUCCAAGGAUGUCACGGAUGCCCAGCUGGAGGAGCAGAUCCAAGUGCUGCUAUGCGGCCGAGACCUUGCAAGCACUUCGCUCAAGCAGGUGCGUGCUGACUUGGAGAAGCACUUCAGUUUGAGUGCCGGCACUCUGGACAGCAGAAAGGACAAGGUGAAGGAGCUUGUGGCGGCAGAGAUCACCCGGAUGCAGUCCCAGGCCAAGCAGGAUGCCGACCCCGAUGGCGAGGAGGCUGAGGCUGAGGCUGAGGCUGAGGAGGAUGCAGCUGAGGAGGCCAAAGAGCCCUCAGCAUCGCAAGGGUCCAAAAAAGCUCGAGAGGAGAAAAAGCGAAAAUCCAGUACGGGCAGCGGCAAAGAAGGCAAAGGCAAAGGAAAGCUGCGAGAUCGCCAAAGUUCCUGCAUGUCUAGAAAGGAGUUCAUGAAGAAAGCCAAAACAAUCACUGUGACGAUCGGCGACAAGCAGCUGAAGGCGGAGCCGAAGCUUUUCUCCACGGGUAGUUGCGGCUUUAUGGCCAGCUCCAAGGUGCCUGUGGAGGUGGAUGGGCAAACUUUGGUGCUACAGUGUGGUUUGAACUUGCCGGUGAUUGGCUCCAAGGAGUGGGCAGACUAG